AUCAGUUACUUACAUGGCACAUGGCAGGGGUUGGAAUCUACUUUGGAUCGACUUCUGCUUGUCUCGCUUUAUUCAAAAAUGGCAGAGUUGAGGUACUCAGCGACGACAGCGGAGAGAGGACCACGCCCACGUGCGUGACUCUGAUUGGAGGAGAAAUGUUAGUGGGCGUGCCCGCAAGACAACGUCUAGUGAGAUAUCCAGAAUCGUGUUUGUCGAAUAUUAAACAAUUCAUUGGGAAACAGAAUUUUGAUUUGAGAUCACAACUAUCUUCAUGUGAUUCUCAGGUACAGCACACAGCUGGAAACUUGUCAAUUACAUUGAAGAAUGGAAAUGAUUCAAAGCAGUUUGGAGUUUUGCAACUUGCAACUGCUGUCUUCAAGAAACUCAGAGAAACGGCAGUAAGCGGUGGUUGCAGUGCUGACAGUUCAAUAGCAGCUGUUGUUGCAGCACCAAGUUACUUUACAUGUGAACAGAGACAAGAAAUUCGGUCAGUUGCUGAGUCUGCUGGAUUUGCUGUUUUGAGAGUAAUUAGUGAACCUAGUGCAGCAGUACUGGCUUAUGGUUUGCUCAGUGUUGGCCAAAGUGAUGGAGCAAACAGCGAUAGCCAAUGUUUUGUCAGCUGCUAUGUUCUUGUUUACCAUCUCGGAGGGAGCUCACUUGAUCUCACUAUAUUAGAAUACAUCAAUGGACUGUACAAAGUGCUGACUUCUCAACAUAUCACUGACCUUGGUGGUCAGUUGUUUGAUGCUGCUUUAACUGAUUAUUUUCGACAGGAAUUUCAAAGGUCUGCAAGGGUUGAGUUGGAAGCUGGAGGUCAAGGAAUUCGAAAGUUGCAAGCUGUUGUUGAAAAUACGAAAAAGAUCCUUUCAACAUUGAAUCAAGCAGCUAUAGCUGUGGACAUGCUGCAUGAAGGGAUGGAUUUUCAAUCAACAAUUUCUAGAGCACGAUUUGAAGACCUCUGUGCUGCUGAGUUUAUCAAAUGCACACAGCCAAUAGAUGAUGUCAUGAAGACAGCUGAAAUAGAAAAAUCCUCUAUUACUUAUAUUGUUCUCAGUGGAGGAGCAACACGCAUGCCCCGCAUCAAGCAAAUUCUGAAACAAAUGUUUUUAAAUGCAGAGAUUCUUGAAAGCAUUAACCCUGAAGAGGUUGUAGCACAAGGAGCAGCUACUGAGGUUGGCAUUCUACUUCAUGAUCAACUUACUGACAUGUCUGUUGACUCUACCACUCAAUUAGACUGUGCGGCUCACUCUUUUGUUGCUGUAGUUGCUGGUACAGAUGGUGCAUCUCCUGUUAUUCCAAUUGUUUCCAAACAGUCGCUGUUGCCUGUCACUUCUAAAAUUACGUUGGACUUAUCAUCACAAGUCAGGGGUGAACCAACUGCAAUUUUGCUGUAUGAAAGUGAGAGCUGUGAAAAACUAGUUGAUGAACGUCUCAUUGGAGAAAUAAAGCUUCAACCCAAUUCUGACCAUAGAAAGAGUGAAGAUUUGACAAUUGAGCUUCUCAGUGAGCUGACUCGGCAAUGUGGCCUAUCUGUUAGAGUUUACAACCGGAGUACAGACGAGACAGCAGAGCUCAUUAUUCCUGCUUUAUCGUAGCAGUUAGCCAUUGACAUUUUGUUUAGAUCUUAAAUGCAGGUUGAUAGGGCUGUGAAUCUGGACGGUAUAGCACAUCAUGUGUACAUGGGGCUCUGCAGCUGGUCUGCUGGUGCUGCAGAUUCUUGUUGAUAAACACAAGAGAUAUUUAUGUGAGUCUGGUGUCAAGAACUGGUUGAGUAU